AUGGCGAAAAGCCUUGUCGCCACCUUCACGUUCGAGGGCGAGGAACCCAAGACGGUGUCGACGGAAGUCAAAGGCAAGCUCUCAGACGCACUCCUAGACUUCAGGGCUGCUUGCAUGGAGCACCUAACAUCAUACAUCAGUGCACAGAACAAAGAUGGAACAGGCGAGGUGAACGACGACGCCUUCGCAGACAAUAGCGAUGUGGAGGAAGAUAAUGUGGAUGCGUUUCUCAAGGGUAAAAAGAACAAGCGACAGAAGACGUAG